CACCGACCGCACCCACUCGCCAUGGCCCUCCGCGACAAAGGGCUCUACACGCUCCGCCUGCUGCCCGCAGCGCAGAACCCGGCCGUGCUCGAGGUGGUCGAGGGCGGCGCGAUCGCCGGCGCUGGGCCCAGCUCGACCGGCGGCGGCGAGGCGCGGUUCGCGCGCGUGCGCGAAGGGCGCGAAGGGGAGGUGUAUAGCUCGGUGCUGUAUGACGCAUACAGCGGCGCAAAGCUCGCCUCAUCAGGCUUCGUGUCCGACAAGCUCAAGUCGCGCCGGCUCGAGCUGCACGGGCCGGACGAGAACAUCCCGUUCGAGAACCGGGCCAAGAUUUCGUCGGUCGUGAGUUUUGCUACGCGCCGCAAGGGUACUGAUUGCAGGAAUGGACGUUUACAUUCGAGGGGUGAGUUGGACAACAAGUACAUGUGGAAGAAGGACGGCUUCGGCUCCGGGAUAGGCAAGGACAUGAUCUGUAGCCUCGACCGACGACCUGACCCGCCCGUAGAGGUGUGCCUUGGACGGCGGCCAGACGCCAACGGCGGGGGGCAGGUGCAGUUCCUGCACUACAACAUUGACCGGUUUCUGGGGCACGAGAUCAAGGACCUGCGCGGGCUGGAGACGCUCUUUGUAGCCAGCCUGCUCAACCUGUUCGACGUCUCGAGCUUGGACGAGGCGCCCCUCGCUGGCCCUGUCCCCGCGCAGAAGCCGGCCCCGGCGCCAGGUAAGCCCGCGGCGGGCGGCGUGCUCCGGCGCAAGUCGCCUCCGCUUGCCCCGCAGGUCGACUACGAGCCGGAGGAGCCCAAUGAGGUCAUCGUGGGCACCAACACGGACGUCGCGCUGCACGCGCAGCGUGCGAUAGGCCUGCUGCAGGACCCCAAUGUCCUGUUUAUUAUCAUCCGGUCCAAGAAGGCUGCGGCGGCGCAGCGCGCCCUGCAGGUCGCGCUUGAUGUCAAGCGCUUCCGCCAUCGCGAGGGACUGGGAGACCUCCACCAGUAUGUCGUGGAAGAAGAAGACCCGCACCCCCUCCCUCCUGUUCCCAAGCCACCGCGCGUCAUCAACCUCGACGACAAUUCACCUCUGCGCGAGGAGCCCAAGUGGACUCCCCCGCCCAACCUCGCCGUGUAUCUGUCGACGAUUGAGCUGCCAGACCUGAAACCCGGACGGCGGGAGAGCCAGAAGAAUCCACAGGGGAACAGCAACAGCAACCAGGGGAGAGACUCGAAGAUGCAGCCGCCGCCGCAGAGGUUCAACAACCACAACCAGAGACCACCACCAUCGCACCCGCCUGGCCGCCCAAACGCGGACAACAUCAUGCGCGUGCCCUCGCCCAAUUCGGCGGCGGCGUGGGGGCCGCCGCCGGGGAGACCACCACCUGGCGCGCCACCCAUCAUCCCUGGCAGCCGGCCGCCACCGCCAGUGCCACCACACCCUGGUCACAACGGGCACGAAAUGUUCCUCGACAGACCUACUGCGUCGGGGUCGUCGAGCCAGCCGGGCAACAGGCUGAGCUUCUUCCGGCCGACGUGGGGGCCGCGGUAGAUAGGUGGUGUAGAGCAGUGAGCAGAGGGAGCAUUGUAGGCCGUCAGUGUCACUAGCAUAUGGAACAGCCAUUUCAUU